AUGGAAGUGCGACUGGAGGAUGAGAUUCGUGUAUUAAUCCAGGAGAGAAAAGCCGUAAAUUUGGCCCUCAAAAAGCUAUCAAACCAACUCACCAACUUCAACAAUGGAGAUUCUAAUGUAUUAUUGUCAAAUAAAGUUUUAAAUACCAAUUCAUUCGAUUCCAAACGCAAAUCCAAAGACGAUGGGUUUAUGGAUUAUGAGCCUGAGAAGCGGCCUAGGGUAGAGGAUGAUUCGGAGACAGUUCACAGGCACAAGCGUUUAAUGAAAGUUGGCCUCUUUGGUUACUUACUCAAAGCCAAAGACGCUCUCGUCAAAGAAAAAGAUGAUCAAAAAAUAUUGAAGCACAUUGAGAAGGAGAAGUUGAUAGACACAAAACUUGAGGAAAAACAAAAGGAACAGUCAACACUACUUCAAAAAGAUAUUCAAGAUGAGUAUGACGUGAAUAAGAAGCGAUUAGAGGAGAUAACAACGGAAUUAAACAAAAAGCAGACCCAGUUGAUGAGAAUGAGACUGUGUGAGCAUUAUGAGAGUAUGGGUAACUUUAUAGCGACGAGUACGCAGCCGACGAUAUUCUGGGCACCUUUCAAGUUUAAUCAUCACCUCAACACACUCAGAGACACCACCAGGAACUUCAUCGACAAGAAAAUCGAACUCAUACAAAACACCAAUUACUACGAAUAA